GCGUACGUGGUGCUGGGGCAGUUCCUGGUGCUGCGGAAGGACGAGGAGCUGUUCCGGGAGUGGCUGAAGGAGACGUGCGGGGCCAACGCCAAGCAGUCCCGCGACUGCUCCGGCUGCCUGCGCGAGUGGUGCGACGCCUUCCUCUGA